GGGUGUUCUUCCUCCCCUCUCUUGCCCUCUGUUGCCUCUGCUGCUGCGGCCGACCUCGUUGGUUUCGAGUCGGUCGGCGCUGCAUCUGCCCCGAGCGGGAGACGCCGCACCGGCAAGGGCAAGGGGGGCAAGAGCACUGGAGAGGGUGGAGGGGGCGGUGGAGGUGGUGGUGGAGGCGGUGGAGGGAGUGGGGGUGGUGGUGGGAGUGGUGCUGGGGGUGGCGGCGGCGGCGGCAGCAGUGGAGGCGGCGGAGGCGGUGGAGGUGGCGGAGGGAGCGGAGGCGGCGGAGGUAGUGGAGGAGGCGGAGGUGGAGGAGGCGGCGGAGGCGGCGGAGGCGGCGGCGGCGGCGGAGGCGGCGGUGGUGGAGCGAGUCGCUACUCUGCGCCGAGGAGUGGCGCCGGUGGUGCGCGGUGGGGGUUUUGGUCCCUGCUCUUACGUUCUCCGUACCGGCGACCGCACUGGUGAGCAGUGCGGAGGUCCGCACUCCACCCAGCGCUGCUUUGGUCGCCUGACGGACGCGUGGCGUCGCCAGUUCCCUGAGGCGUCAGAGAUCCCUCGCUGGGGAGAUCUGGCUAAGGCCGGGGCUACUAUCUUUGAUCUUGACUUUGAUGCUAUUCUUGCUGCCAUGUAUGCUGUUGCUGAUAGUGUUGAGGGUGCCUGUUACCUGUGUGUACCGCCUGACCCGGGCAUUGAGGCUGCUGUGCUAGGUGCUGGUGAGACUGCUGCUCUAGGUGCUAGUGCGUCUGCUGCCCCAGGUGCUAGUGCGUCUGCCGCCCAAGGUGCUGGUGAGUCUGCUCUCUCAGGUACUACGUAG